GAGGUCAGUCGUGAUGAGCGGAGGUUGACUCCUGGUGACGCAAAGAGAGACCGAGCAGGGUGAAAGGAGGAGGCAGACAGAAUGGCUGCCCGGUGCCGCAGCUCCAAAUGCACCGUAGAAAGGAACGGAUUCAAGCGGGAACUCGAUACCUGGCGGCACAAACUGAUCAACUGCGUCGGGUUCGAGAGCAUUCUGGAGGGAAUCUAUGGCCCGUUGCUGCUCAGAGACCUCAAUAUUUUUGAUGACUGUGAACCCGAGGAGCUAGAGGACUGGGCAGUGAAGGCCAGUUGUUCCUUCUGCAGCCUGCUGAUCAAUGACCAUGUCCCAGUGGCCGCCUCCCCCUCAGACGACACGCCCUCCCAAGCCCCUUCCCUCUCGGACAGCAGCCUAUCAGCUCACAGGUUCCUCCACGCUGUGUUCCAUAAGAAAGAGCUGGCGUCCAGUGGAGACCCUAACGUCCCUCUGGUGGCCCAGGAACUGAUGAAGAGGAUGGUGAGGCAGUUUGCCAUGGAGUACGCCUCCAAGACACGCCUUACCACCACCACAGGCUCCCAGCGUUCUGACCUCGACUCACCUCUAGACCUCACUGUGACACGGAACCAGGAGGAGGAACCCACACCAGCGGACAGUGUGCUCGACCUCUCCAAGCGGAACUCUGCCAGCUCGGCCUCCACGUCACCCACCAUUCACAAAGCCUCAGGGUCCCCGUUGCCCCCGGUUACGGAUGAACCCCAGACGGAAGCAGAGGAUGCUGGGAUGCCCGAUGCCCCAAGUGGGAGGAGCUCUGCUCUGGAGGCGGUACGCUCCACGUUAUGCCCCGCCCAUCGCUCUCUGCUCCAGCGAAUCCUGAGGCUCGCCCACCAACAGCACCGUCUAUCAUUGGCCUACAGGGACGCCCAUCGCCGCCUCGUCCCGCCCCCAGACCCUCUCUGCGGCCACCUGGUGGCCAAACAACAGGACGACACUUCCUCUCCUCCUUCCUUCACUGGCUGUUGGAGCCGUAGUGGUCCGACUGACUGGAAGACACCAGGUGGUCCAGGCUGUUGCUGCUGGCUGCCUCCCGUCUGUUUCUGCCUCCAGAGCCUCCGCUGCCUGUCCUGCCAGACCCUGUCCCUGGGACACAUCACCACUGGGGUUCGCUCCCCUUCGUCUCUGUGCUCUUUCACGUCCUCCUCUUCCUCAGUCUGUCCCGUUACCUCUGUCUGUUGCUCCAACCCUCAGCCCUGCGCCUCCUGCUGCUCAGAACACACCUACCUGGCCCCGGUCAGACACACUGACCCGGGAGGUGGAGGAGGAAGCGAGUGCCCCGUCCUCAAGAGAGAACGAUCCCCCUCUCCACCCCCUCUCUCCCCCAUACCCUCAGACAUGGACGGUAAGGAGGAGGACAAGCCUCCCUCUCUCCUGCAGCAGGAGGAGGGGGAUAAAGAGGAGGAGGCUGGGUGUGGUGGGGAGGUGGGUGAGGACAGGGAGCAGCGGGACCUGGUGGAGCGUUUCAGCGACAAACUAAAGGCAAUCAGACCCCAGGAGAAGGAUCCUCCACUCAGCUCUGCCUUAGCCAAUCACAACCUAGAGAAGGAUCCCCACCUGACGACCUCGGCCGAUCAGCACAUUACAGAGUCCCGGGCCGACGCCCACCUGAGUGAGAUCAUCACCACCGUUCUGAACACGGGCGGCGGCAGCGACUACAGCCUAAACGACAUGUUGCAUCACCAUGACAACAACGAGAGCCAUCCACCUCGGACGCGUUCCCGGCGGCGACGGGAGGCCCUGGCUGCCAUGGCGACUUUGCCCGACCAGUCGUCCACCCGGCGCCAGACCGUGCUAAUCAAACGGGAGCUGGCCAGGCUGAACCAAUCGCUGGGCAGGAGGCUAUCGCUAGGGAAGAACAAGAGCCGCAGUGCCACGCCCUUUUCUACCUGCUCCUCACCUGAACCAACCCCUGUUACAGCAGAGAUAGACAGAAUCACAGAGGAGGAGGGAGAGACCGGUAGAGUGAAGGAGGGCGAGACCUGUAGAGUGAAGGAGGGAGAGAGCGGUAGAGUGAAGGAGGGAGAGAGCGGUAGAGUGAAGGAGGGAGAGACCUGUAGAGUGAAGGAGGGAGAGACCGGUAGAGUGAAGGAGGGAGAGACCGGUAGAGUGAAGGAGGGCGAGACCUGUAGAGUGAAGGAGGGAGAGAGCGGUAGAGUGAAGGAGGGAGAGACCUGUAGAGUGAAGGAGGGCGAGACCGGUAGAGUGAAGGAGGGAGAGACCGGUAGAGUGAAGGAGGGAGAGACCGGUAGAGUGAAGGAGGGAGAGACCGGUAGAGUGAAGGAGGGAGAGACCGGUAGAGUGAAGGAGGGAGAGAGCGGUAGAGUGAAGGAGGGCGAGACCGGUAGAGUGAAGGAGGGAGAGAGCGGUAGAGUGAAGGAGGGAGAGAGCGGUAGAGUGAAGGAGGGAGAGAGCGGUAGAGUGAAGGAGGGAGAGACCGGUAGAGUGAAGGAGGGAGAGACCGGUAGAGUGAAGGAGGGAGAAACCGGUAGAGUGAAGGAGGGUGCUACGGAGAAGGUGACAGCAGAGGAGGCAGGUCCAGUGAGAGUCACGAAGGAUAGAGUCGGCAUGAAGGAGGAGAUGGAGAAACCCCCAGUCCUCUCCUCUACACAACAGAGUCCCCCGCAGGAGGACCAACACAAACCAGAGAGCUGGAACAUCACCUGUCAGGACAGCAGUAGGAGUGACCUCCCUGAGAUGAGGAGAGAAGAGGAGUCACCAGGUAGUACCAGCAGUGGUCUUCCUGAGAGGAGUAGAGAGGAAGAGGAGUCACCAGGUAGUACCAGCAGUGGUCUUCCUGAGAGGAGUAGAGAGGAAGAGGAGGAGUCACCAGGUAGUACCAGCAGUGGUCUUCCUGAGAGGAGUAGAGAGGAAGAGGAGGAGUCACCAGGUAGUACCAGCAGCGCCUGUGACCAUGGCAGUGGUCUUCCUGAGAGGAGUAGAGAGGAAGAGGAGGAGUCACCAGGUAGUACCAGCAGUGGUCUUCCUGAGAGGAGUAGAGAGGAAGAGGAGGAGUCACCAGGUAGUACCAGCAGUGGUCUUCCUGAGAGGAGUAGAGAGGAAGAGGAGGAGACAGCAGGCAGCAGCAAGGACAGUAGCAGAGUGUCAGCCAGGAAUAGCCCUUCCCACCCCUGCAGAACCAGGAGAGGCAGCAGGUCCCAGCCAGGCUGCAGCAGCCAGGUGGUGGUGGGGAGGAGCAGCGAGGCUGGGAGGUCCAGGAGGAGCAUCGUCCCUCCCCAGCGGUUCUCCUCCUACGUCACAGAGCCCAGGAUGAUGUAUUCUGCUGCCUGUUUCUCAGAGAGGAUCUUCUCCGCCCAGAGGACGCCAAAGGAUCGGCAACCACUCAAUGCCCCCAACACCAAUCGCACAGACUCCCCGUCCUCGGCCACAGACACGGCUGAGGGGUUGGGCGAAUCAAGAGAAGAGGAAUUACCGCUGGCAUCCAGUACUGAGGAUGUCAGUCAGGAGAGGAGGGGAGGCAGAGGCUGUAGAUCAACAGCAAGAGGUCAGAGUUCAGACCGUGAGUCACAGAGACGAGGUCAGGUGAUUCCCGUCACUGCAGCUUCCUCUGAGCAGCAGAGUCCCCUUAAACAGCGCUCCCAGAACAGGGCAGACGUUAGGCUCAGAGCAGCCAAACCUUUUGGGCGCUUACGCUCCUCCCACUCCGCCCAACAGUCCCAACCAGUGAGCCCUCAGACAGCCUCCAGGCCAGAGGUCCCCACAGGACAGCCUCAGUACAUCAGCCCCAUCAAGCUGAUGUUUGUGUCUGCAGUAGUGGGUGAGGAGGGGGUGAGGUACACCCUGAAGGCGGCUGCACCAGGAUCCAGCUGGCAUGGACAGGAGACCUUUGACCCCUGUGAGGAGUCAUCGUGGGCUGGAAGUCCAGAGAAGACCCCAGAGAAGACCAGGAGUCCCCUCCAGACCAGGAGUCCACCGAAGACCAGGAGUCCCCUCCAGACCAGGAGUCCCCUCCAGACCAGGAGUCCACCGAAGACCAGGAGUCCACCGAAGACCAGGAGUCCCCUCCAGACCAGGAGUCCACCCCAGACCAGGAGUCCACCCCAGACCAGGAGUCCACCCCAGACCAGGAGUCCCCUCCAGACCAGGAGUCCCCUCCAGACCAGGAGUCCCCUCCAGACCAGGAGUCCACCCAAGAACACCAUAUCGUCAUCACCAAAGCUGUGUGGAACGACGAGAGGAGGAGAGGGGGGUAGCCCGCCAAAACGGUCUCCUGGGUCCCAGAACGGAGACGGCUUGCCUCCUUUUCGUGAAACCACCCCCACAAAGAGACGUCCGGGACGUCCCAAGAAACUGGGCCCCCAGCUGGAGAAGAGGGCCAAGAGGCCGAUCGGCCGCCCGCCCAAGCAAAGGGGUGUAGAGCCGAGCUGUGACUCCAGGCAGGGUGGUCAGGACCGGUCCAGUGGAGUUCCCUUAGGCUGCAGCACCGGGGAGGAGGGCAACGAGGACAGAGACCCAGCCAACAGGAACCUGAAGAUCACCGUGGUGUACGGACGCUCCCACAGGACCAAGAGGACAGUGUCGGAGGAGGCUGCUUGUCUCCAGGCUACAGAGCAGCUGAUGGAUCUGAACUUCGUCAGACCGGUGAAGGAAAAGAGGUUCGCUCCCCACGCCAGCAACAGCAGCAACAUUAUCAAGUGCCAGAAGCUGCAGUGUACCGCGGCCAUGCGUCGUCCAGGGAGACCCGCCAAGGUCAAGAUCUCCGGAAUCUCCGUUACCGUCACCACCACGUCGCCGGGGAAACGCAAGAUCCACAUGAACCGGGACAGCAGGAAAUCUCCGGAGAAGCUCUGUCAGCGGAAAGCCCUCCUUCCUGAACCUUCCAAAGAGCCCAGGAAAAUCAGCAGCACGCCGACUAGCGAGGACGCCACUCGGAUGCAGAUAGAGAGAACGACAGAGUCCAAGGAUGGAGCGACGGAGCGACAGACCCAGACUCCUCAUGUGUUGGCGGUGCGUCACUCUGUGAGGGUGAGGAAGCCUUCAGUGUACCUGCUUCACUCUGUAGCCACCUCCACCUCUAGGUCCCUGAGCCACAGUACCGCCCUGCUGCGCCGAUCCAGACAGCUACUGAUCAACAGGGCCAGCAGCAAGGGCAGCCAUCGCAAGAGGAAGGAGGAGGGAGGAGAGGACACCCCAGGGCAGGAGGAGCUGCUGUCCGGGAGGGAGGAGAGGAGGAGCGAGGGAAGAGGGGUGUUGUGUGAGGACCUGAGCCAGGUAGCGGGGGUUUCGGUAGACUCCAUUUUCCCGGCCAGCUCCAGCGAGGCGUUGAGGUGGUGGCCCGUCUCCUCCGACCAGGACAGCCUGAACCAAGAGCUGGCUCGCAGGAUCCGCCUCAUAUCCCAAAGCUGGGUUGCUGCCGCUACCACCCACACCACCAGGACGGGGACGAUCAUGUCCGCCAAGCAGAGACUCGACGACGACUCUUUGUCCUCCUGGAAGCCAGAGGUUGGGUCGGCAGUGCGGCUGCUGUUUGACCGGCGCUGCAGCGUGGAGAGGCUGGCCUCCUGGUUCAUGCAGACCACUGAGACUCAGUCUCUGGGCAUUGUGAAGAAGACCAGCUCCCGAAACCCCUAUGAGCUCCUGCACUACCCCCGGAACGCCAGCAGGGAGAGCGUCUUUCCCAGCCCGCAGACCAUGCGACUACGCAAACACAUCAAGAAGUUUGCCAAAGCUGUGCCGAAGAGCCCCGCCCAGCUCCGUCUGGCCCAGGAACGGCUCCGACGUGGAAGAGAGCUGAAUGCCAGGCGGCGUCUGUUCACUGCGAGGCCGGCGUCUGGCGGGCUGCGUCUCAGAGCUCCUUGGAGGAAGGUCAGGGCCCUCGGGACAUACAGAACCACUCUGCUCAGAGUCAGAGAAAAGUUCCUCACCUGGACCCUCAGAGCCAAGCAGCCCAACAGGCUGAUCUGGAGGAGAAGCCUGGUGGAGGAAGGCAACUCACCUCACCAGGUCUGGCCUUCUGCUCAGCCCAGGGAGGAGCUCACCAGGUCUCCACAUCACCACUGUCUACCUGCCUCCUCAGAGACCAGUCAUCCCUGCAGCCCCGACCGGCUGCCAGGCCUCACCAAACAGCAGCGUCUCAGCUCUAAAGCCUGGAGUCCAGAGAGACUGAAGGAGUGUUGCGUGUUCCUCAAGAAGAUCAACUCCCCCGACACAGAGUCCACCGUUGAGAAGGAGUGGGAUGUCUGCACCGUCAAUCUAGACGACACAUACUGCCCCGACGAGACCAGACAGGAGGAGAGGAGCGGAGAGGACGACAAAGCUGUGAAAACGGAGAGAAGGAAGAGGAGAGUUCCCUGGAAGGAGUCUAGCGGCUCGCCGCAGGAGGUGAUGGUUCUGGAGCACAACCAGGUCCGAGCCGGGAACAGGAGAGGCAAACAGAAAAAUUCAGGGAAGGCCACGAGCCAAUCACCGACCCCGCCGCCAGCGAAAGCCACGAGCCAAUCACCGACCCCGCCGCCAGCGAAAGCCACGAGCCAAUCACCGACCCCGCCGCCAGCGAAAGCCACGAGCCAAUCACCGACCCCGCCGCCAACGAAAGUCAUGAGAAAAUCGCGUGGGAGGGGCCUGACCGGGCCGCGGUGGCGUGACUUUAUUCUGGGAACCUGACUGUCCUCCGUCCCGUCUCCACGGUAACUGUGUUGUAACUGUAUUGGCGGGAAGCUCCUCCCUCCGUCUCCACGGUGACUGUGUUGUAUAACUGUAUUGGCGGGAAGCUCCUCCCUCCGUCUCCACGGUGACUGCGUGUAAACAACUCGGUGCCUUCAGACUGCCCCUUGGCAUUAUGUAGCAGAAGGAAAAGUUUAACCAGAAGAAGUUUACCAUUGCACUAUUUUUUUUUAAACUAUUCAGCCCCGCCCCCGUCUCCACGGUGACUGCGUUAACCCCCCCCCCCCCCCUCACACACAGCCUGCUUUAAAAAAAUAAAAAUGUGUAUAUGUUUGUACAGAAUGUUUGUUUUUAAAACUUUGACACACCUUUCU